AUGAAAGACGAAAUGUCAUCAACAUCGUCGUCAGUGGAUUAUUUUAAACAAAGUAAACAAGUACGAUUAGAACAAUUUGCUGGCGGUGGUCAUGAUUAUCCAUCUUCCCCAACAACAGGUACACAAUCUUAUUUUCCGCCACCACCACCAAUUCAUUUAACAACUAUUCCACCUCCACCUCUCUCAAAUCAUAUUGUUACAUUAUCAUCAGCAACAGAUCAGCAACAAUCCCAUUUUCCUUCACCAUCGUUACCCGAUUUUCUUCCAUCAUCUCUAGUGAAUUCAUCAUUGUUAUUAAAUGAUCGAUUUCAACAACAACAACAGGUUAAAAUAAACACGAUAAGUGGUGGAAACGAUGAAUAUGAUCCAUUUGCAGCGGAAGAUGAAGAAGAAUCAACGAUGUCGAAAGAGAAUGAUUUAAUUUCGAUACCGUUACCACCAGAAAAUGGAAAUAUCCAAGAAGAAAUAAUAACAACUAUACAAAACAGAGAUGAGGAUAAUGAUAGUGGAAUGAAAACCAAUCAGAAUGAUGAUGCAACCACAACAAAUUUUAAUGAUAACUCACUAAAUACAAAUAUAUCUAUGCAACAACAAGCUUUAAUUACUCCAUUUUUGAUUCAACCAUCUCGUACUACAAUUCAGACAUUCAGUGUAUCCGAUACAUCUUUAAUAUCCUCUUCGUCUUCAUCAAUGACAAAUGUUUUGAAUAGUAACAGUCCUUCGACUACAACAGUGAAUAAUGAAAAAAGUAAACGUCGUGCACGCCAUGUUCUAGCGUCAAUGAAAGCGUUGAGAAAUGCCUCAAGAAUACAACACCAUUCUGAAACAAAUUUAUUUCCAUUAAAAACAUCUAGUCAACAAAAUAUAGCAACACUCACACAAGAGGAUAAUAAUAAAAAUGAUAAUAAUGAACGAUUACAUUCACCACCAAUCGUAGAACAAGUAAAUGGAAAAAUAGAAGAGAAUAAACAAGAGUCGAUACAUAGUAAUUUUAAAUCAUCGUCAUCCUCGUCAUCUGAACAAAAUCGUAAAAAAUCACGCUCAAAUGAUCGUCUACAUUCUCAUGGUGACAGAAAACGAAGUCGUUCAGUAAAACGUCGUAGGAGAAGUUCAUCUUAUGAUAAUAAACAGCGUGGUAGCAGAGAUCAUAAGAAGAGAUCGCCAGACGCAAGAAAAGACGAUUAUAAUAAUGAUAAGAAAAAAUCGCUAUCCAGACGUUCUCGUAGUCGGACACCGUCUAAUCGUCGUCAUCGUUCAUCAUCUCAACGAAAACGUCUUCGACCAAAUUCACCUGAGCACAAGAAACAUGAAAAAUCAUCUAGUCCAAACAAAAAACCAUCGUCACCAUCAUCACUACGAAAGGAAAGUCCGAUAUCAAAUUUAGAAACGAACAAUAAAAAAACUGAAACUGAUACAAUAACUGAUUCAUUAAAAAAAUCUGAAAAAUUAGAGGAAAAUACGGAUUCUUCUUCUACUAUAAAAAAAUCGAAAAAAUCUCAUCAUAAAAAGUCGAAACAUCAUCAUCAUCGACAUCAUCGAUCAAGAUCACGUUCAACAUCGAAAAAGUCAUCGAAAGACAAUAAAGGAGAUAAAGAAAAGCGUGAUAAGAAACCGAAAAAGUUAAAAAAGCAUAAAAGUAUUGAACGAUCAGUAAAACGAAACUCUGACACUUUGUCAAAUCACGAUCAACCAUCGAAAAGGUCAUCGUCUCCAUUUCAUCGUGGUCAUUAUCAAUCGUCGUCAUCUUCACAUCGAAACUCAUCAUCUUAUCGUUCGAGAACACCCCAAAGAUUUCAACCAUCUCAUCAUCAUCAUUUACCACCGCCAGCUCACACAUAUCCUCCAAUAUCGCUUCCACCGCCAGCUGUUCAUAUUCCACCACCAUCUCAACAUUAUUCAAUACAACAACCUCCAUCUUUCAACUAUCAUCAUAGACAAUCUAAUUUUUCCAGUCCACCGAAAACUGUUCUUUACACUCAACAACAAUCACAAGAUAAUUCUGCGCAAUUUAAUACACCAAGAACAACGCCAAAAGUAAUAACGCCAAAAGAAAUUAAUCCUGUUCCUGUUGUGGCAGUGUCUACUCCAGUCACUUCGGAAGGGCAACAAGUCGAAGAAUCAGCAAUCACUACGGAAACACCAAAAAGUAAUGAAACUUCUGUUGAAGAUCGUGUUCGAAUUUAUAAUCGUUUAAAAAAUCUGAGUGAACCUGGAAAUAAUCAGCAGCAACUGCCACAACCAAAGCCGGGCCUACCACCAUUUAUUCAAAAUCCAAAUUUAAACAAUUCAACACCAUCUAACACGAGUGGUAGACAAAGAAAGUCUAAUACAAAAGAGUCAUCUCAGGUCUUGUUAAAUCGUUUACGUCCACCAUUAACAAUACCAGCCAGAAUUGAUCAACAACAACAACCACCACCAGUCCCGAUAAUACCAAAACAGUUACAACAACAAGUUAAAUUAAUUGAGAAAGACAAAAAAUUAGAUAAAGAGAAAAAGAUGUUUGCUGCUGAUGAUAUUCUAAUGGAAGAAAUGUUACGAGAGGAAGAAGAACGAAAUAAAGUUAAAAUUGAUUUAGAUAGUCUAAUUAUACCCGAUAGUAAUAGUACUAAUACUCCAAACACGUCUGCUAUUGUUAAAAUAGAUGAGAAACCAGAACAACAACCACAGCCAUCGAUACCAUCAACAACUCCAGUGAAAAAUAAACCUUAUACAUUGUACAAAGUGCCAAUAACAAAUCAUACCACACCACAUCUAUUAAAACAUCAUAAAAAACCAAAAGAUGAUAAUAAAAAACGAAAUGAAACAGCAACUACAGAGACUACUACUCAAUCUAAUACAUUGCUACCACCAAAAGAUUCUAAUCUGUUGAAAUCUCAUCAGCAAAUCGAACAAAGCCCUCGUCGUACAUCUUUAGAUGAACGUAUCUCAAAUAUAUUACUCGGUGGAACCACGGAACCUUCGUCUCAACUUACAACACCAAAAACCACUAAUAAUACUCUAACAACUGAGAAUAUAGAAUCGACUACGACAGUAAGGUCUCGUCAUACGACACCAUCAGAUAAAAGUGCAAGUCCACAAGAUAUUCAUCAAUUAGUUUCAACAAUCUUUACUCAACAUCCACAACAGAAAACAAAGUCAUUAACAGUAGACAAUUCAAUACCAUCUGAGCAGCAACUUCAUCCGAUAAAAAAACAGACAAGUGAAACAAAACAGUAUACAUCCCAAUGGGUUACCACUCAACAACAACAACAACAACAACAACAACAACAACAACAGCAACAACAACAAAAUGUUGAGACGCCACCUGCUGCUACCAUAUUACCAUUACCAACGUUAUUACCACAAAUAACAAAUAAGAGUCCAUUACCCACAGUAUUGACAACUGCGUCUACAAUUGUACAACUACCCAAAGAGGAUGGUGUUAGUAUGAUUGGAAAAUUAUCUGAAGCAAUGACAAAAUUAUUAUCUCAAGCCAGCGGAAAUGUACCACAUGAUCCCGUUCAACAUCAGACAACAGCUUUUUUUGAUGAUACACCGGAUAAUGUACCGUCAUCAGCUAAACAUUUGGAAAGAAUUGAACGGAGAAAACAGAAAGAACAACGUCAAGCAGAAAUUGCUACUAUAGCCAAAGAAGCAUUGAAACCAGCAUUUCGAAAACAAGAAAUAACUAAAGAUGAAUAUAAAGAAAUUAUGAAAAAAGUUGUCACAAAAGCAACAAAUGCUGAAUUUGAAGUUGAUCCUGUUCGUAUUACAAAAAUGAUUGAAGCCUACGUUCAAAAAUAUCGUGCUGCACGCAAUUCAAAACCAAAUGGUAAUACUAACACUGGUAAUACCUGAAAAGUUAAUUUAUAUCAUUUUUGGUGGUCUGUUAUUAUUAAUUUAAUUUUCAUUAUUUUUACUGUAUAUUAGUACUUUCACUCUUUUGUUUUUGUGGAUGGAUGGUGUGACACAGUGAUGCGACGUGUGUGUGUGCACGAUUUAUUUUGCCCCCCUGUUGUCGUCGUCGUCGUCGUUUUUCUUUUUCUUUUUCUUUUUCUUUUUUUUUAUAUAUAUAUGCAGACAUAAUUAAAUAAAAAGUCUUCUUUUCCGUUUUUUCGUUCAAUUCAUCACACACAGCAACUUUUUUUGCUUUUGUUUGUUUGUUUAUUAUAUUCUUCUUUUUUUUGUUGUUAUUCUAUUUGAGAAAGAAAAAAGAAAAAUGAAUUUCAAUAAAAUAGAAAAUACGCCCUUUGAUAAGUGACGUAAAACCAAAUAUUUCAGAUUUGCUGAUAAUAUUAUGUGAUUGAUAUUAAGUGAAAUAGUUGGUAAUAAUAGAUUACAAUUGUUUAAUAAAACUGUCAAAUAGUUAUUUAUCAUUUGAAUGAAAAUCAUAAAAGUAUCAGAUUAAAAGACGACGAAUAGAAGUCAAGUGCAAAGUAGUCAAUAAUCAUCACACCGAAUAAUUUUGAGAUUCACAUUACACAAUAUUGUGGAAAUAACAAACAACAUUAAUGAUAAAUAAAACUGGAUGUUCUGUAAAGAUCAAAAAUAAUUUGAUAGAUAAUAAUGAAUAUGAUCAUUAUAUAAUCAGUUUUUCUCCAACAUUUUAAAAUAGUAGGCAAGAAUUGUUCAUUAAUCACACCUCCACGUUUAACUAAAUAAAUCAUAAUUCUGUCAAUAAGAUGUUGCGGUAUAACUUUUAGUUCUUUUCAAUUCUAGGUAGAUCUAUCAAACAUUUGGUUUUUCAUGAAAAAAAUUGUUUAAUUAUGGUACAUGUUGUUUAAGAGGGAACCUCUCGAGGCGAUAAAACGCCUUUUUGCUCGGAAUCUAGUGGGUUAUAGAUUAUCGACCAUGCUGAUUACGAAUAAGACCAUGAUAGUGGCCCUCAGCCCAUAACCAGAACCUAUCUUAAAAAAGGCAUGCUUUUAGCCUGCAAAAUUUCUGAAUAAAAUGAGACAUCUUCCAGCUCUACACGAUCUUUCUUUGCAAAGUUAUAGAAAUUUACACAAAAAGCCCUAAAUUAAUUUCUUAUUUCUGUAGUUUUGAGUUGACAAUGAAUAUUUAGGGCUUUUCUUGUAAAUUCUAUAACUUUGCAAAGAAAGGUCGUGUAGAGCUGGAAGAUGUCUCAUUUUAUUCAGAAAUUUGCGGGUUACAAUCAUGUCUCAUUAAGAAAGGUUCGGGUAUUUUAGAGUUUCUGAAAAACCGGGCCUUCGAAGGACUAACGAGGAAAGGACACCAAGUGAUAAAUCGCUUCUAGCUUAAAACUUAGUGAACAAUAGGUAAUCGAAUGUGCUGAUUCCGGAUACUAACAUGAGACGGGCCGCUAGGCCUCCAAAGACUGGA